AUGCAUUUUAGCAUCUUUGUUGCUCUCAUUGGCUUAGUGGGUGCCGCAGUUGCAGCCCCUCAGCCCGAGGCCGAGCCUGAGAUGAGACGACGAGCCGACGAGGCCCAGAGUAAUUCUCAAACUGGCCAAAAUGCUCAGAAUGGCCAGAAUGGUCAGUGGUGGGGACCUGGUGGUGGUUGGGGAUGGGGACAUCCCGGCUGGGGAUAUGGCGGCGGUUGGGGACAUGGCUACGGUGGUGGCUGGCACUAG